AUGGACCGGUUGAACAGAAUGCUUGCCGGUGCCAGCGGCAUGGGAAUCGGUGCCGCCCCGGGGACGGAUAACCAAAACCUAAUCGAUAACUCCGAGACCGUAUACAUUUCUUCCCUUGCGCUACUCAAGAUGUUACGACACGGACGAGCAGGUGUGCCUAUGGAAGUCAUGGGACUUAUGCUAGGAGAAUUCGUCGACGAUUUUACAGUACGAGUGGUGGAUGUCUUUGCUAUGCCCCAGAGCGGUACCGGUGUCAGUGUCGAAGCUGUCGACCCGGUAUUCCAGCAGAAGAUGAUGGACAUGUUGACGCAAACCGGACGACCUGAGUCGGUCGUUGGAUGGUACCACUCUCAUCCCGGAUUCGGAUGUUGGCUUUCCUCGGUCGACAUCAACACCCAACAAAGUUUCGAACAGUUAACACCGAGAGCCGUCGCCGUCGUCGUCGAUCCCAUACAGUCAGUUAAAGGAAAGGUCGUUAUCGAUGCUUUCCGCCUCAUCAACCCGCAAUCCUUGAUGCUCGGACAAGAGCCGAGACAGAGUACUUCCAACUUGGGUCACCUCAAUAAGCCCUCUAUCCAAGCGCUUAUCCACGGGCUCAACCGACACUACUACUCCAUAGGCAUCAACUACCGCAAGACUGCGCUAGAGGAGAACAUGCUCAUGAACCUACACAAACACGUAUGGACCGAAGCACUACAGAUGGAAGACUUUAGGCACGAGGACGAGCAGAACAAGGACCGUUUCAAGACACUGGUGACCUUAGCCGAGGGCUACGAGAAGAGAGUCAAGGAGGAAACCGAGUUGACCAAGGACCAGCUCAAGACGCGCUACGUCGGCAAGCUGGAUCCCAAGAAGCAUCUCGAGGAUGUUGGACAGAAGCUUAUCGAGGACAACAUCGUCUCCGUGUCGAGGCAGAUGAUCGACAAAGAAGCUACGAUGCCCAAAAAGGAUGCAGCGGCUAAUGGCCAAUCGAAUGGGGAUCAUAUGGACGUCGAGGACGAGGAAUUGUAA